GCGCCCGCGCCGGCUGGGUGGGGCGUGGAGCCGCGGGAGCUGCAGCUGGCCCUGCCCUGGUUCCGCCCGAGCGAGCUCGUCGUGUUCGCCAACCUGUUCGGGCAGCGGCGCGAGGUGGCGCAGGACGUUGCCGUCGACUUCGCGGCGGAGGUCGGCCGGCGCCUGUCCCCGGGCCACGCGAAGGCGGCCGCCGUCCCGGGCGGCGCCCUGAGCCCCAAGGACGUGGCGGCCGUCGCCUAUGGCCUCUCUAAGCUGUCCGUGCAGCUGCCGGAGACUUCGACCCCGUCUACGGGGCCGUGGCCGCUGGGGCGCGGCGGGGG